AUGAGCAGCAUCGCACGAGUCUACGCCGAUGCGAACCUUAAAAACCCCAAGGACUACUGGGACUACGAGAAUCUCACCGUGGAGUGGGGGAACCAGGAUGACUACGAGGUGGUCCGGAAGGUGGGCCGCGGCAAGUACUCGGAGGUUUUUGAGGGGAUCAACGUGAAGACCAACCAGACGUGCAUCAUCAAGAUCCUCAAGCCCGUGAAGAAAAAGAAGAUCAAGCGCGAGAUCAAGAUCCUGCAGAACCUGCGGGGCGGCACCAACAUCAUCGGUCUGCUGGACGUGGUGCGCGAUGCGGCAUCCAAGACGCCCUCCCUCAUCUUUGAGCACGUGAACAACACCGACUUCAAGGUGCUUUACCCCACGCUGGGCGACGCAGACAUCCGGUACUACAUCCACGAGGUCCUGCGCGCGCUGGACUUCUCCCACUCCCGCGGCAUCAUGCAUCGCGACGUGAAGCCGCACAACAUCAUGAUCGACCACGAGCGCCGCGCGCUGCGCCUCAUCGACUGGGGCCUGGCUGAGUUCUACCACCCGGGCAAGGAGUACAACGUGCGGGUGGCGUCCCGCUACUUCAAGGGGCCCGAGCUGCUGGUGGACCUGCAGGACUACGACUAUGCGCUGGACCUGUGGAGCCUGGGCUGCAUGCUGGCUGGCAUGGUCUUCCGCAAGGAACCCUUCUUCUACGGCCAGGACAACUACGACCAGCUGGUGAAGAUCUGCAAGGUGCUGGGCACCGACGACUUCUAUCGCUACCUUGCCAAGUAUGGCCUGGAGCUGGAUCCGCAGCUGGAGGCCAUGGUUGGCAGGCACUCCCGCAAGCCCUGGACCCGGUUUGUGACGCCGGAGAACCAGCACCUGGUCACGCCAGACACCCUGGACUUCAUCGACAAGCUGCUGCGAUACGACCACGCUGAGCGGCUCACCGCCAAGGAGGCCAUGGCUCACCCCUACCUCGCAGCCUUCCACACCCCCGAACCCGCCCAGGAGUGA